AUGGGUUCCUCAAGAUCAAUGCUUUUCUUCAUUAAUCUUGCUAUUAUUAUCUUAAACCUUGUUGCUCCCACCAUAGCCCAAGAUGAUGGUAUGUGCACAGAAAAAGCUGAGUACUGCUGGAAAUGCUCUAAUACUGGCACCUACACAGCAGGUGACAAGUACCAAGAGAACCUCAGCAGCCUCCUCUCUUCCUUCUCCUCCAACACCCAAAACAAUUCCGGGUUUUACAAUUCAUCCAGGGGACAAGACUCCAACAAGAUCAAUGCAAUUGCAUUAUGCAGAGGAGAUCUUUCACAGGACUCUUGUCAGGCUUGUCUCAACAAGUCUACUGAUAUUCUCUUGCAAAAUUGUUCAACUCAAAAGGAAGCAAUCAUAUGGGCAGAGCCUUGUAUGGUGAGAUACUCAUACAACUUGAUAUUUGGUAUUAAACAAGAGGACCCUCUUGAGUAUGUGCCUAGCCCAAACCCUGCUAAAAAUCCCCAACAGUUUGAGCUGGUGCUUAGCCCCUUGUUGGAUAUCUUAAGUGAAAGAGCUGCGUCAGGGGAUUCUCUUAAAAAAUUUGCAGCAGGCCAUGCAACUGUCCCUGGAGAUGAAACAAUAUACGCACUUGCUCAGUGCACUCCAGACAUAGACAAGCAAAAUUGCAGCAGUUGCCUUAAACAGUCCGUCACAGAAAUUCAAACCUGUUGCGGUGGAAAGCAAGGAGGAAGAGUUCUUAAACCCAGCUGCAAUUUAAGGUAUGAGGUUAGUCUUUUCUUUGGGUCUACAGCCAAUUCGUUAGUAGAUAUUCCAGCUCCAGUUCCGGCAGCACCAGCACCUGAAGAAGCAAAAAAGAAGAGUAACACAAAACAAACUGUCAUCAUCAUCGUUGUGGUUUUGGUUGUUUUUGUCACUAUUGACAGCAGCAUAUGCUUUUUCUUCAGAGUAAGGAAACGAAGGGUAAAACUUGAACAAGAUGAGAAUUUGGAAGACGUUAGUCUGGUGGAAUCGUUGCAAUAUGAUUUUGAAACUAUAAGAUCUGCAACAGAUGACUUCUCUGACGCAAAUAAGCUUGGACGAGGUGGGUUCGGAGCUGUUUACAAGGGUAGGCUAUUAAGUGGGCAACCUAUAGCCGUGAAAAGGCUCUCCAAAAAUUCUGAACAAGGUGAUCGUGAAUUUAAGAAUGAGGUCAUGUUACUUGCUCAGCUUCAACACCGGAAUUUAGUAAGGCUCCUAGGAUUUUGCUUGAAAACAGAUGAAAGGCUUCUCAUUUACGAAUACGUACCUAACACAAGUCUUGAUCACUUCAUUUUUGAUUCUCAGGUUCGAAUUAUUCAUCGCGAUCUCAAAGCCAGCAAUAUUUUGUUAGAUGAAGAUAUGAACCCCAAAAUUGCUGAUUUUGGAUUGGCAAGACUGUUUGUUAUUGAUCAAACUCAAGGAGAUACACAGACAGUUAGGGGAACCUAUGGAUAUAUGGCUCCUGAGUAUGUAAUUCAUGGUCGUUUUUCUGUCAAAACGGAUGUCUUCAGUUUUGGGGUGUUAGUUCUUGAAAUUGUAAGCGGUAAAAAGAUUGGUAGUUUCCAAUAUGGCGAGAAUGAAGAGAACCUAUUAACCUAUGCCUGGAGAAAUUGGAGGGAGGAUACAAUUCAAAACAUCAUAGAUCCCGAGUUGAUGACAAAUUCACAAAUCGAAACGAUGAGAUGCAUCCACAUUGGUUUACUGUGUGUGCAAGAGAAUGUGGUGGACAGGCCAACCGUGGCUUCAGUUGUAUCCAUGCUUAACAGCCAGUCUCUCGCACUUCCAGUACCCUCACAACCUGCAUUCUAUAUGCAUCACAACGCUGGAUCAGACAUAUCUGCACUGACUGAGUCAGACCAAUCCAAAAGCCUCUCUGUCUAUGUCACAGAAAAUGACCCUUCAAAUAUUACUGAACCAUAUCCUCGCUAA